GAGACGGAAGUUCUGUUGUUUUGGACCGUUGUGCAAAUGACAGCUCAGUGUGAAUGAAUGGCAGCAUCGGGCAGUCGUCGGUCUUUCGAUGGACACGGAUCUCUCCCAAACAGCGACGAAUCCCGCGAUGUGACGGAUGUUGGCGUACAGACGGACGCCAGAGUACAAGGUCUGGCUCCUAGACUAUCCAAAGUCAACCUCUUCACAUUGUUAAGUUUAUGGAUGGAACUUUUCCCUAAAAAUGAACAAGAGCACAGAAGAAAAGAUGCUACUGCAGACUGUGGUCUUGUGGUGGUCCAGGAGUGCAAAGUUCUGGGUCUACAUUGCUCCAGUGUGCAGUUACAUGCAGGGCAGGUGGCUGUGGUCAAACAUGGCCCAAGACUGAAAGGAUGUGAUCUUUACUUCUCCAGAAAACCGUGUUCAACCUGCCUCAAGAUGCUCAUCAAUGCCGGUGUGAACAGGAUAUCCUACUGGCCCAGUGAUGCUGAGCUCAGCUUGCUAUCGACUGACAAUGCGGAUUCAAGCCACCAAGAUGCCAUUCUUGACGCCACAGCUGCAGAGAGACUGAAGUCCAACAGCAGGAUUCACAUCUGCGUCCUCCUACAAUCUCUGGGCAGCAACAUGCUGCAGUUCGUAGACGAAACAUCUCAGAACUGUGAGUUCCUUGAAAAGAUCGCUGCUGACAAUCUAGAUGUCGCUGAUGUCUUCAAGCAGGAACGGAUGAACAAUUUGAGCGAUUUUUCGGGAAGGUUCUUGGUGGAUGAUGAGGAACAGCACAGGUGUGUUCUGAACAAGAUGGGACUUGAGAACUUUUGUGUGGAACCUAAUUUUGGUAACCUGAGGCAACACAUGAAGGAUCUGAUCAAGAUUUUAGCCUCAGUUGCUGCCGGCGUUCCUGUGCUGCAAAGGGGAUAUGGGUUCUUCACGAGAGAUCUCCAAGUGUUGGGUUCUUCAGCGCUGCCCCAAGAUGUCGUACGACACUGUAUCAUACAAGCCCGCUUAUUGGCCUGCAGAACAGAGGAUCCUAAAGUAGGAGUCGGUGCUGUGAUUUGGGCCGAGGGGAAACAGUCACAAUGUGAUGGCACGGGUCGUCUCUACCUAGUGGGCUGUGGCUACAACGCCUAUCCAGUUGGUGCAGGAUACGCGGAGUACCCUCAGUUGGAUCACAGACAGGAGGAGCGACAGAACAGAAAGUACAGAUACAUCCUUCACGCCGAACAGAACGCACUUACAUUUAGGAGCACGGAGAUCAAAGAUGAAGAGAACACGAUGAUGUUCGUGACCAAAUGUCCGUGCGACGAGUGCAUUCCUCUGAUCAGCUGUGCUGGAAUAAAGCAGAUCUACACAACAGAUCUGAACAGCGGAAAAGUGAGACACGAUAUCUCCUACCUCAGGUUCAACAAACUCUCUGGAGUCCAGAAGUUUAUUUGGCAACAGAAAUGUUGUGAUUCUGAAGAACAGGCUGCUCUGCCAAUGUCAAAUGGCUGCUCGAAACGGAGAGAUGAAGAAACAGCAUUUCAGUGCAAUAAACGACUGCGAUCGUAGUGUUUAUUUACGAAGCUGCAUUCCUACUACGAAAAUCUACAAACGUGAGAUCACUUUUAAAGAAAACACAUAUUUCCAAAACAUGUUAUUUUUGCGCAUAGGAUUGAACCCAUGACCUUGGCUUUCCUAGGAUCAUGCUUUGCUAUAUAAAUUAGAGAAUACAUCAUGUGCGCCAAUAUAUAAUACUGAAUGGUGCAGAUGUUUUAUUAGGGUUAUAUAAAUUGUAAAAUAAUUUUAGCACGUAAGAUCUUAUUUGUCAAUGUUAAAGGGAUUGUGUGAAAUAUUUAAG